ACACCUACAGGUAAAGGUGUAUGCUACGGAGAAGUGCGGGGGAAGGAACAAUUAACGGUUGGGAAAAUUCCGGAUACCGCUGCUAUGGCCGAGUCUCAGCUUCUGUGCAUGGACGAAGAUCAUGUCAACGAAAAGAUACCCGAAUCCAAAGCAGAGUUCUACUACUGCGAGGAGCAGCGAGCCGCGCUCGAGCAACUAUUGAAGAACGGUGAUGGCGCGUUCAAGAUGCGACUGAAAGAGGACAACGUCAGAGACUUUCUAUCCGCUCACGAGAUUAAAUGGAUUCGAAAAACUUUUGAUGAAUAUGAUUCGGAUAGUGAGUCCGAGAAGGGCGAAUACGAAAAGGCUCAGGAGUCCAAUGCAGACUCGGGGGUCCACUCCACAUACUGGCCUCAGAUGUCGGACACGGAUGUCCCGCCGCUUGACAUCGGCUGGCCAGGCAGCACUAGUUURUAUAAAGGUGURACMCGAGUAUCCGUGCACACGCACCCACCCAAAAACAAGGGGCCCCAUAUAAAAGAGGUUGUCAGGAGACUCAUUCAAGAAUCUAACAAGGUAGUAGCCGUGGUCAUGGACCACCUUACAGACCUGCAGAUCCUUCAGGACCUAUUGGACGCAGCACAGAGACGAGUGGUGGCUGUGUACAUCAUACUGGAGGCUCGUGGUAUGCUCCACUUCCUGGAUAUGUGCACUCGUUUACAGAUCACUGCUCUGCAUCUACGGAACCUGCGUGUGCGAACGGUGAAAGGUUCUGGGCUGGCCCUGUCAUUUGGCAGGCUGCCCGGCUCUCUGUGCUCCAAAUACAUGCUGGUGGACGGAGAAAAGGUUAUGUUUGGCUCUUACAGCUUCACAUGGAGCUCCUCUAGGAUGGACAGGAACACCAUCACAGUAAUGUCUGGGCAGGUGGUGGACUUCUURGACAAUGACUUCAGGGAAAUGUAUGCUGUAUCUGAGAAUGUGGACCUUUACAAGGAGUUCCACAUUACCAAGCCUCCCAUGCCUGCGCCGGUACGGAAGGUGGUGGUCCCCAAGCCCCUGUUGAUGUCUCAAGGGGUUUAA